AUGUCGUGGACCGUCAAUUCAAUCAAGGUCGAGUCAACGAGUGGCUCGACUUCAUUGAACAUUUUCGCCAACGGAAGGAUGCAAGUUCCUGUACAUGUUGUGCUCACAGGGCGUAAGGACAAGGAGGACUACCAGUUGACCCCAGAAGAUCUGAAGCGGGUCAAGAUAACAAAUUAUCAUACCGACGAACCUCUUUCCGGACCCUUUCAUUAUAGAUCUGACGAUCUUGGGUAUACCGCACCCUUUCCAUCGUCAUCCAAGAGUGACGAGGCCAUUGAUGAGCCCCGUGGGCAAAUGGCAGACCGCCCAAUUUCAACCUUUCAGACCCACACACUCUACGUCCACUCAACCGAAGUUGGGGACAUGCGAAUCGGCGCAAGUGUCCUACAGCCUGAUAAUGUGCUAGUAACUACGCGAUCGGGCAGCAACGACAGUAGUCUUUACAUCAACGCGAAGCCACGUCCAUACUACACUAUAGAUGAUGUAAAAUUCGAGCGAGAAGACACGGCCAACGGCACAAUCCCUAUAGACAUUGGUCUUCCGUGGGAAUUGAAGCUCCCCUGGGACCAAGACAAUUACUAUCUUACCAGCAAGAUACAUCCAUUCAAGAAAGCUACCAUCACUGGUACAAUAAAAGAUGGACGCGGUGAGGUCGGCAAAGAGCAUUGCUAUGCUAUUGUGGAGGACGAUAAGACUUCAAAUUGGUGUUUUGCCUGGCCGAUGGGCCCCGAGAAAAGCGAAAAAGUGGGAGCCGCUACAUCGGAUUUUGGGAAUAUCUAUACCAACAUCCGCGUCAACCAAAGGGGCGAGCAUGUGCUCACUGUGACGCGCUGGCACAUUUCUGGCAAAAAGUCUGUUUACCAGCCCUUCUGGAGUUACUGGUGUUACUUUAAUAUUUAUGAUAUUUACGGCAACGACAAGAAAUUCUACUUGGAUAGAUCGAAUCGUCACAAUAAUCUCCACUUGACGGAAACCAAACCGUUCAGUCUGUCUGACGUUCCCAACAGUGGGCCUGCCCCUGACGGUGAUUUCCCGGAAGAUGGCCGCGAGCCAGUUCCAAAUGGACCGGAUGGCACACCGGACCUCCAAGCGCUUGGUCUGAAGUCAUCAGCUUGA